AUGUGGACGGAUAUAAGGACGUUGCUAUUUUUUCAUUUGUUAGUCCUGAGGCUUCAUUUAUCGGAAGCAACGGAUGAGUGUGAGGAUGGACAGUUUCAGUGCAACAACAAAAGGUGUAUACCGACCAUCUGGAGGUGCGACGACGAUGACGACUGCUCAGACAACAGUGACGAAGAAAACUGUCCCAGGAAAACCUGUGCCCCUGCAGAGUUCGCCUGUUUGAAUGGUCAGUGUGUGCCAGGACGGUGGCGCUGCGACGGGGAACCAGAGUGUCCCGAUGGCUCCGAUGAGGCAGAGGAGACCUGCAGCAAACAGACAUGCCCUCCAGAGAAAUUUGACUGUGGGGGAUCCACCAACAAGUGUGUCUCGUUGUCAUGGAGAUGUGAUGGGGAGAAGGACUGCGAGAACGGGGCUGACGAGGAGGACUGCGCUUCCGAUGCCAAGGCCUGCCCCGACGGUGAGUUCAUGUGUGCCAACCGCAAGUGCUUGGCCACCGUCUACGUAUGCGACGGGGACGACGACUGCGGGGACGGCAGCGAUGAGCUCAAGUGCACCUCCCCUCUCACCUGCGGGCCCAACCAUCUCCGCUGUAACACCUCGGAGUGCGUGCCGCUCAUGUGGAGCUGUGACGGAGACCCCGACUGCUCCGACAGUUCGGAUGAGGGGCCAGAGCGCUGCGGCGGGGACGGGGUCCCGUACCUGCCUAACCGCAGGGCAAACUGCACCGCUGGAGAGUUUCGAUGUGCCAACGGGGAGUGCGUGCGACUGACCUGGAAAUGUGAUGGAGAUCCAGACUGCAAGGACAAGUCUGACGAGUCUGACUGUCCCCUGUUGACGUGUCGUCCCGAUGAGUUCCAGUGUGGUGACGGUUCCUGCAUCCAUGGCACCAAGCAGUGUAACAAGGUCCACGACUGUCCUGACCACAGCGACGAAUCUGGCUGCGUCAACGCCACCAAAUGUGAGGGACCGCUGAAGUUCCUGUGUAAGAACGGAGAGUGUAUUGAUAGCUCUAAGGUGUGCGACUCUGUCAAGGACUGCAAGGACCGAUCAGAUGAGCCCAAGAAAGAGUGCGGGCUGAACGAGUGUAUGAUCAACAAUGGCGGCUGCUCUCAUGUCUGCAUGGACCAACCAAUCGGCUUUGAGUGCCAGUGCCCCACCGGCUACCAGCUGCUGGACAAAAAGACUUGCGGAGACAUUGAUGAGUGUGAGAACCCUGACGCGUGCAGCCAGAUCUGCAUCAACUACAAGGGGGAUUUUAAAUGCGAAUGCUAUGAAGGUUAUGAGAUGGACCCCGUGACUAAGACCUGCAAAGCAGAGGGGAAGAGCCCUUACCUACUGUUCACCAACCGGCAUGAGAUCCGACGCAUCGACCUGGUGAAGAGGGACUACAGCCAGGUGGUGUCCACCCAGAAGAAUGCAGUGGCUCUGGAUCUGGACGUGGCCAACAACCGUGUUUUCUGGUGCGAUCGCUUUCACCGGAAAAUCUACAGCGCCUUCAUCCACGAGGCCAGUGACCCCUCCCAGCAGGUGCCGCUGGUGGAUUCGUCUCUGCAGACCCCUGUGGGCCUGGCUCUGGACUGGCUCCAACACAACCUGUACUGGACCGACUCUGGAGACAAAUCCAUCUCUGUGGCCUCAGUGGACGGCACCAAGAGACGUGUCCUCAUCAACACUGACCUUAGUGAGCCCCGAGCCAUAGCGCUGGAUCCCCACCACGGCUUUAUGUACUGGUCAGACUGGGGCACUCGAGCCAAGAUAGAGAAGGCCGGGAUGAAUGGAGUGGACCGACAGGUGCUGGUGGCUGAUAACAUUGAAUGGCCCAAUGGCAUCACUCUAGAUGUAGCCAACAGGCGUCUGUACUGGGUGGAUUCGAAGCUUCACCUCAUUGCCAGUGUGGACCUGAACGGAGCUCACCGCAGAACACACAUGUCGUCUGCAGAGAGACUGGGACACCCCUACGCACUGGCUGUUUUUGAGGAUCGGAUCUACUGGACAGACAGAGACAGGGCAGCGGUCUUCAUGGCCAACAGGCUGACCGGUCAAGACAUCCACACGCUGGCUGAAAACCUCAACGACCCCCACGACAUUGUGGUCUUCCACCAACUCCGGCAGCCACAAGGCCCAGACAGCUGUAAUCUGGGCAGCGUGGCCAAUGGAGGCUGUGAGUACUUGUGUCUUAAGGCUCCACAGAUAACCGAACACUCUCCCAAAUACACCUGCGCCUGCCCCGAUGGACAGGACCUGGGGCCCGAUAUGAGAGCCUGUGUGCCAGCAGCACCAAGAAAGGAGAUGCCACCGACGUCCACACCUCCCACUGGGCUUACUCCUGGCACCAGUGCAACUGUUGCUGAAGACUUCCUGCUGCCUUCGGGGGGCGUAUCACAGGCGGACGCCACUCCCCACUUGACCACAGCCCCCUCUGGCUCCCCAGAGCCCCUCACACCUCUGUCCACACUCAAACCCAUGUCUUCACAGGAGUCAAAGGCUUUGGGCUCCCACUCUACGGCCACCGCUAUGGUCAUCUCCACCACACCUGCAGGGGAUAGCAGCGUGUCACAACACUCUGGAGGUGAGCAUUUCCUCCUGGGCGAGAACUUGACAGUGGCUGUUUUGGGAGUGGUCAUCCCCAUCGUUCCUAUCGUUGCCACAGUGGUGUUCGGCCUCGUCUGUGCCGGAGUCUACCUGGUUUGGCGUAACUGGCGGCGCAACUCCACCAAGAGCAUGAAUUUUGACAACCCCGUCUACCGCAAGACCACCGGUGAAGGCGAGGAGGACGAGAUCCACAUCGGGCGGACGGACGGCAUGGGACACCACGCGCACCAUCACCCCUACCCGCAGGGCGUCGGCAUGGGAGUUGUGGGGGCAGGAGGUGGGACUUGCCCGCAGUUCAUCGCCUUGCCUCUCGGGGGCAGCAUGCCCGAUCCGGGGACUCACUGGUACACGGAGCAGCCCAUGCUCUCCACUGCGAAGUGA